CCGACGUCGGCCAACGCGCUCCCGCCGCUCCUCGACGCGCGCGAGCUCGCCAAGUUGUCGCCGUUCGACCGCGCCAAGGCGCUCCUGCACGUGUCGGCGACGCCCGAGUCGCUCCCGUGCCGCGACGAGCAGCGCGAGCGCAUCCGCCAGUUCCUCGGCGACGCCAUCCUCGGCAGGACGGGCGGAUGCCUCUAUGUUCACGGUGUGCCCGGGACAGGAAAGACGGCGACCGUGCACAGCGUCGUGCGGGAGCUGCAGAAGGACGAGGACAUGGACGCGUUCACGUUCGUCGAGAUCAACGGCAUGAAGAUCAGCGAGCCCAUGGCGGCCUUCUCGCACCUGUGGUCGGCCCUCGCCCCGUCGUCGACCUCGUCGUCGUCGUCGCACGCCUCGACCCCGCCGCGCAAGACGUCGCCCAAGGCGGCCCUCGCCGCCCUCGAGCACCACUUUGCCAACCCGGACCCGGCCCGCCCGACGACGGUCGUCCUCGUCGACGAGCUCGACCAGAUGCUCACCAAGCGCCAGGACGUCCUGUACAACUUCUUCAACUGGCCUCACGUCGCCCACUCGCGGCUCGUCGUCGUCGCCGUCGCCAACACGAUGGACCUGCCCGAGCGCGAGCUGAGCGGCAAGAUCCGCAGUCGACUCGGCACGAACCGCAUCCCGUUCCAGCCCUACACGUGGGCAGAGCUCAAGCGCAUCCUCGAGGCCCGCCUCGCGCUCGUCGCCCUCCCUUCCUCGUCGACCUCGACCUCGUCGCCCCCGCCGCCACCUCUCUUCGACGACGUCGCGCUGCAAAAGAUCGCCAAGUCGGUCGCCGGCAUCUCGGGCGACGCGCGCAAGGCGCUCGACGUCGCCCGUCGCACGCUCGACCGCGUCGCGCUCCGACUCGCGGCGUCGCCCUCGUCGGGAGCGGCAGGCUCGACCGCGCCCGUCGUGCGGUGCACGAUCCAGGACGCGACGGCGGCGUACAACGACAUGACGCGCACCGGUCCCGCGACCUUUGUCCGGCGCCAGUCGACGCACGCCAAGGUGCUCCUGCUCGCCGUCGCCCAGUGCGCCAAGCGCGCCGGCGUGCCCGACGUCGAGCUCGACACGGUCCUCGCGUGGCACGGCGACUUUGUGCGCCAGGCCGCGCUCGUCGACGCGCGGGCCCUGUACCCGGCGAGCAGGAGCGAGCUCGUCGGCGUCGUCGCGCAGCUGCACGCGCAGCGGCUCGUCGCCACAGAGUCGCAGCGGCUCGACGUGUUUCAGCGCGUGAGGGCGUGCGUCGACGAGGGCGACUUGUUUGCGGCGCUCAGGGAGGACGAGGUGCUCAAGGCGCACGUGCCCAAGGUGCUCUGA